CAGCGCGGUGCGGGCGGCGGCUCCAGGCUCCGGAAGCGGCCGUGGUGCCCGCGGAGCCGUUUCCUGCCCGGGACGCGGCGGAGCCGGAGCGGAACGGAGCGGGGCCGAGCCGAGUCGAGCCGAGCCGAGCCAAGCCAUGACUCACCAGACCGGCAUCCACGGUGCUCCCUCCCCCGGCCAGUGCCAAGCAGCCAGUGCCUGCUUCCACUGCCACAUCUCAUCACCAUGUUUCUGGUUCUUUCAGCCACCACGGAAUUAAGGGACUUUUUUGCCAAAGCCCGAAACGGUUCAGUUCGGCUCAUCAAGGUCAUCAUUGAGGACGAACAGCUUGUGCUGGGGGCCCACAGAGAGCUGUCCCGGCGCUGGGAUGCUGACUACGACGCCUUCGUGCUGCCCUUGCUGGACGAGCAGCAGCCGUGCUACGUGCUGUACCGCCUGGACAGCCAGAAUGCCCAGGGCUACGAGUGGCUUUUCAUCUCCUGGUCCCCCGACAGCUCCCCGGUCCGGCUGAAGAUGCUGUACGCUGCCACCAGAGCGACGGUGAAGAAGGAGUUUGGCGGGGGGCACAUAAAGGAUGAGAUGUUUGGAACGGUGAAGGAGGACGUGUCCCUGAGCGGUUACCAGAAGCAUGUGUCGUCCUGCUCUGCCCCAGCCCCGCUGACCGCAGCCGAGCAGGAGCUCCAGCAGAUCCGCAUCAAUGAGGUGAAGACUGAGAUCAGUGUGGAGAGCAAGCACCAGACCCUGCAGGGCCUGGCCUUCCCCUUGCAGUCGGAUGCUCAGCAAGCCAUCCAGGCGCUCAAGCAGAAGAAGAUCAACUACAUCCAGCUGAAGCUGGAUCUGGAGCGGGAGACCAUUGACCUGGUGCACACAAGCCCCACGGAGAUCGCUGACCUGCCCAAGAGGGUCCCCCAGGACUCGGCUCGCUACCAUUUCUUCCUGUACAAGCACUCGCACGAGGGAGACUACCUGGAGUCUGUCGUCUUUAUCUACUCCAUGCCUGGGUACAAAUGCAGCAUCAAGGAGCGCAUGCUCUACUCCAGCUGCAAGAGCCGGUUGCUGGACACUGUGGAGCAAGAGUUUUGCCUGGAGAUAGCCAAGAAGAUUGAGAUCGACGAUGGAGCCGAGCUGACGGCGGAGUUCCUCUACGAGGAGGUGCACCCCAAGCAGCACGCCUUCAAGCAGGCCUUCGCCAAGCCCAAGGGGCCCGUGGGGAAGCGGGGACAGAAACGGCUGAUCAAGGGGCCGGGAGAGAACGGCGAGGACAGUUAGAUCCCGCAGGAGCGGGUGGUGAACGGACAGCAUCCCCGCAGCGCUGCCCAGCUUCCCCUCCGCUGACCGGGGGGUCUUUCCCUCCGUCUCAGCCUAGGUUUUUCUUCCCUUUCUUUUUUCCUGUUUCAUUCCUUUUCUCAACAUCAGGAUGGCUUCUUGCACCUGGGGCAGAGUGAUGGGGAGGGUUCAGGGGUGUUGGUGUUUCUUUUCCCUGUGUCCUUAUCAAGCCCCAGGGCUGCCAGUGGAGGAUGGGAGCAGCAGGGCCGUGUCCCCCAGCCUUGCUCCUGUCCCCCCCCCCCGGGGUCACAGCUGCUGCUCUCGGUGUUCCCUGCGUGAUUGAAGGACAUGCUUGCCUGCAGGCUGCUCUAUGCAAAGGGAAGGGGCUGGCGCUGGGGAUUCCUGUUUGAAAAGAGAAAAUGCUUCUUUCCCUGCUCCCCCAGCCCCAGGUUUUGCUGCCCUGUCCUGCUCUCAGUGUGCACAGCCCCCCUGUCCGGGUCUGGAGUGAUCCUGCACCCCCUCAGGGUGCGGGCAGGACCCCUCCCCAUGGGGUGGGCUUUGCUGGCAGGAGUUCGUCCUGGGGGAACCCAGCCAGCAAGAGGUGGAGGGUCUUCCCCAAGGCUGGAGCUCUGCCUGACACAGGAGAAAGGUCACUGCCUUUGGGUGAUGUUUGCAUCCCCUUUUUGACUCCCCCCAGUAAGGCUUUUCCCCUCAGUGGGAGCCGUUACAGCCCUGACUCAGCCCCAUCCCUGCUCAGGAUGGGAGCCAGGGGUACCCCAAGCCCUGGUCCCCCCCUCCAUGUGCCCCAGCUCCCGCUGUCACUGGGUUUGCUGCUGGCUCUGCUCUGAGGCAGCCCCAUGUUAAAAAUCACAUGGGUUACCCCAAAUCCUCGUGUGGGGAAGCGUGACCACCCCUGCGUGCCCCCCUGAGGAC